UCCUAAGGCUUCUCCAGAAAAAGUGCUUCUUCUUAAAAGUGCUAAUUUUGCAACAUCUGACGACCCAUUGGUCCAGUUUGGUCACCAAGCUGUCUGCAUUUGACAUCACCAUGCAGAACCUGCUAGGACUCUUCAUUUGCUUUGUGCUUGUAAAUACAGGUACUGCAUUGGAAUGUGAAGUCUGCAUUGGUAUUGGCACUGACUGUACUGGCAGCAUGCAGACCUGUGAAGCUGGCAAAGACACCUGUGUCAUCGCUGUCACUGAAAACACAAUGUCUGGACUCCCAAUUCUUACCGUAGUUAAGGCCUGUGAAUCUUCCAACACCUGUAAUUUAGGACCACAGUAUAUGCAUUUCGGGCAGAGACUAAAUAUGAGGACCGGAAUCACUUGUUGUGUGGGAGAUGCCUGUAGAACUGUAACUCCUCAAUUGCCUCCGGUCAUCACCGAAUCCAAUGGGAAGCAAUGCCCGGCCUGCUAUAAUGUGAUUUCUGGUAACUGCAAUCAAGAUGAGACGGUCGACUGUUUUGGACCAGAGAGUGAAUGUCUUGAUUUGAGUGCAACAGUUACUCAUGGAACUGUUGUUGUUAACACCGUACAGAAAGGUUGCGUCACCAGAGGGGUUUGUGAUGGUUUAACAGUAGCUGAAUCAAAAAUGGCAGGAAUUCGCACGUUGAUCACACGAGCUGAAUGCAGAGCGGCCACCAACUUGGCCUGAUCAACUGCCUUCUCGUGGUUGCUGUGCUUCUGCUGGUGAAGAACCAUUCUUAUUACUCAUUCUGCAUUGUGCUGCACGGCU